GACGCCUAAGACCAGAACGCCUGGAGUGGUUACCAGUAUCCAGAAUAGUAAUUCUCCUAUUUUCAGUAAUUCUCUGAGCAGUCACCUAGUGAAUUCUCCUGCAUCGCGACUAGUAGUUAUCCUUCCUUUACAAAGCAAAAAAAGCACACAAGCUUUCGAAAUAAAAAACGUUCGUACGACUUUCCACUUCCAAAAAGUUACUUGUUCAGGAACUAUCAACAUUAUAUCAGCUGUUAGAUGA